AUGGCCACAGCAGCACUUCUCACUCCUCGCGAUGUACCGACUACACUGAACUACUACAGUCCUAUUGGAGAUGAAAUCCCUUACCAAUACGUCUCCGAGCCACCCCAGGGUGUACCGCAGAAUAACAUUGGUACCGAUACCAAGCCAGUCACCAUCCACGACGCCCGUGGACGAGAGCCCGAGUUUUCGAUCGACACGAGUGGCUUCCAGUUUGUGAAGCACAGCAGUGCUGAGCAGGAAUUCGACAACGAAGAGAAGAUUCAGUCCGUCUACUACAAGGAAGUUGAGGAACUUCUGAAGAAAGAGACCGGGGCCAAACGUGUAUUUAUCUUCGACCAUACCAUUAGACGCAAGCCUGUCGAUACUGCUAACCGCUCGCCAGGAAACCGUGGCCCCGUCGAACGUGUGCACAUCGACCAGACAUACAACGCGUCUGUGCAGCGCGUGCAUUACCACCUUGGCGACGAGGCAGACCGGCUUCUCAAAGGGCGCGUCCGCAUCAUCAACGUGUGGCGUCCCAUUCAUCACCCCGUGGCACACAAACCACUCGCCGUCUCUGACUGGCGCUACCUCGAUACGGAUCACGACCUCGUACCUGUCCGUCAUAUUUAUCCACAUCGCGAGGGCAGCACUUUCAGCGUGCGCUACAACCCGGACCACAAGUGGUACUACCUCUCCAACCAGACACCCGAGGAGGUCACACUGAUCAAGUGCUACGACUCGAGUGUGGACCGUGCGAGGCUGACUCCGCACUCAGCGUUUGCUGAUAAAAGUAGCCCUCCGGAGGCUCCUCAGCGAGAGUCGAUUGAGGUUCGCUGCUUGGUUUUUGAUACGGAGUGA